GGGCUUUUUUAUCCCCCUGCGAUAGAUAGAAAAAUUUUCGAGAAUCGGAAGACAUUUCAAAAAGGUCACCGCUGUGAAGUACUUGAUGGGCCACGCAAUUCUAAUGCUGUUUGGAAAACCAGAUAUAGAAAUGGGAGCAAUCUUGUCACAUGAGAUGAUGCAUGCAUGGUUCCACCUUCAAGGUAUAGCAUGGGGGUAUGAAAAAAGCUCUGUAGAAGGUCUUUGCGAAGUAAUGGCUUACAAAUGGUUGGAGUGGUUUACAUCCAGUGGUCUUGGUAACUCGCACAAAACUAAUCAGCAAAUUCAAUAUACAAGAGAGCUGAAAGAGUUCUUAGUAGAAAAAAAGUGGGAUCGAGGGGACGAUGUUUAUGGCCAAGGAUUCAGAGAUGCUAUGCGAGCUAUUGAAAUAUAUGGCUUUGAACCCACACUAGAUUAUGUCGUAAGACAUGGAACUCUGCCACCACUAAUGAGGGACAAUACAUUCUCUGCCGCCGCAUCCGCAUCCGCAUAUGCGGCCGCGAUGGCCACCUCUACGACCAAGUCAUUACUAAAGGACACCGGGAAUAUAACCAGGGGGAAGGUCAUAGGUGCUACAAUAUUUAACUUCAUUUGGAAGGCGGCUACUACCUUCAAAGCGCCGCGUGUUGGUUUCUUGAUAGGUCAGUUAGGAUUCUUUGUAGUUAUAAACUUGGAACACAAAUAACAAGUUCAAUUUUGAA